AAUUCUUUGAAGCAGUGAACUCCUUCGUCUAAUAAGGAAGAUACAUGCUGCCUUAUGGCGUUGCGUUGGGGUUCGCCCAUUUCCCAACUCGGGACUACGUAACUUGGUGAACAAACCGCAUAAUUUAGUUGAAUUUUGUAUUGGUAAGAUCUUUCUUAGUCCUUCAGAGUGCGGUAAUCCUCAACAUCAACUGGACGCGUAACUAUAGCGGCUGGUGUUUUGUGUCCUGCCUGUAAAGCCGGUCUGUGCUGGCCACUCUAGCAACACCUCCAUGGCCUUCAUGUCCUCGGCCUCGCUUAUCCCUCCUCCCCCUAUCAACACACAACAACCCGGUGUAAUUACAUCGCUACUGUACAGCGGUUCCAAAUUCCGUGGAUAUCAGAAGAGCAAAGGGAAUUCCUAUGACGUUGAGGUUGUUUUACAGCAUGUUACCAUAGAAGAUUCUUAUUUAUGCGGGUACCUGAAGAUAAAAGGACUAACAGAGGAGUACCCAAUGCUGACAACAUUCUUUGCUGGGGAGAUCAUCAGUAUGAAGCGUCCAUUUCUGACACGGAAAUGGGAUGCUGAUGAAGAUGUAGACCGGAAACACUGGGGCAAGUUCCAAGCCUUUUACCAGUAUGCAAAAACCUUCAACUCGGAUGACUUUGACUAUGAGGAGCUCAAGAAUAGCGACUACAUCUUCAUGAGAUGGAAGGAACAGUUCCUGGUUCCAGAUCACACAAUCAAAGACAUCAGUGGUGCCUCAUUUGCUGGCUUCUACUACAUCUGCUUCCAGAAAUCCACAGCCACCAUAGAGGGUUACUACUACCACAGAAGUUCAGAAUGGUAUCAGUCACUGAACCUCACCCACGUCCCCGAACACAGUGCGGCCAUUUAUGAGUUCCGGUGACCCCGGCCCCGGGCUCCUCCAGCACAGACUGACUUGAGGCUCCGGCCUUUAAGUGACUCUUGGCGAGGCGGAGGAAAAGGGACUGGAAUUUUAGCUACCCAAUGCAGCAUGGCAGUGCGCCGCCUGAGACUGUUUUUUAUGUAGGGGACGGCAGACUGACAGGCCCACCGACUGACAGACAGACAGUCGGGCUGUUUGUGGAAGCGUGCCAGUGUGGAGCUCUGAUCUGCAGCGUCUCUUUCUCUCCCUGGCACUGGGGACGGGCAACAGGUGGCGCCACGUGUGACUGCUUCCUCGUGUGGUUUUAAAUGUUUGUUUUUUUUAUUUUUAUGUUUGGUUGUUUUUUUGUUUUUUUUUAAGCUAAAGCUGAUUUUCUUUCUGGAAAACUUUUCAUCGCUGUGGCUUGUGCUCAUGGACUUUUCAACAGAAACAAGAGGCCGGGGGGUUGCCUCAAACUUUGCCAGUGGCUGGAGUGGACUUUUAUUUACUUUUUAGCUUGAUGAGAAAGACUGAUUUGGCACACUGAUUAUUGUCCCAUGAUCCUGUGUGCCUGUUGGGCUACAAUGCCUCUAGAGAUAGAGAUUGAUUGAUUAUAUUAAGGAUUGUCAGGAAAGAAGGAGGUUUAGUGGUUUCAUUGAUAUUUGACAGUAUUGCUUUUUUGCUAAGGACUCAUUAUUGUGUUUGCACGAUUAUGCAAGAGAGACAAUGACUAAUUUGUGGCGUGAGCUCUGACUGAUUAUACAAGAUCAGUUAUGUGCAUGCGUUUGUGUGUGUGUGUGAGCGAGUGUGAACAAGAGAGAAAAAGAGAAACAGAGAAAUCGAGAUGGUGUAAGAUAUUUGGAGGCAAGUAGGUGUGGGUUCUGCGAUGUAGUUGAGAGAUGCUGUUGUGUAGCUGCUACAAGCCAAUGACAUUGUGCUUUUCAUGACACCUUAACUCGGCUCACGGCUCCUUCUCAGUUUCCCCCUUACUCCGUUCAAAAACAAACAAAAAAACAUGGAAAAAUAUUCACAUCUCCUAACAUUUCUAACUAUGCAACAUAGCAGUAGCUUUCUGCCUCCAUGUCAAAGAGUUUCAUAGAUACUUCACAGCAAGAUUUUAUUAUGUAAAGAGUAGUACUCAAAUGUCUUACCUUUACUCACACGGAAAGAGAUAUUUUGUCUACUUGCCUUUGGAGGCACCACUUUGCCACUGAGCUUAUCCUACAAAAGGUGCCAUGUUAUUAAAACUCUCUCCAAAUGAUAAAAAAA